AUGCGCGAGAGGACCCUGUUUCAAAAUUCUCCAAGCCAGAAGAAUGAUGUUUUUCACUUGGACAUUAAGAACGUGGGUGGCAUAGGCCAGAUCUUGGAUUAUAUGUACACUGCACAUCUUGACCUCAACCAGGAUAAUAUACAGAACUUGCUGGAUAUUGCACAGUGCUUGCAGGUGCAGAAUAUUUUGAAUCUGUGUCACUCCUUUUUAAAAACCUCCCGAUCCAUACAGCAGCCAGCCAGUCUGACUGGCAAUGAUACAUUUUCUUUGCAAAAUACUUUGGUUGUUGAUACCCACUGUGGACAUUAUGAUGUGCUCCAUGUUUGUUCAACUGCUGCUUGUAAAGUCUUGGAUGACCGGCAAGCUGGGCCGCAGCCUUGUGUACCUCACAGCUCAUCAGCUGAGAGAACCAAACCGAAACAAGACUCCUUGGACCAUGUUGGAGCGGAUCUGUCCUUUAAACUGCCAAACGGCCAUUAUAAGCUCCGAAACUUUUAUAGCAAGCAGUUCUGCAAACAAACUAUUUGUCCCAGCAACAAGGGGUUACUAGAACUGCCCCCUGAUUUUGUAAUAUCUCCAGCCCAAGACACGGCUCAGGAUGCUACUUCGUGCAACGUCAGCCAAUGUACUUUGGAGUCGUCUGAUCCCCCCCUGCCACCAGCCUUUCUCGCUCAGUCCUUACAUGACUGUCCCGAGGACCAAGACACGGAGGACACCUCCCUACAGCCAGCCAAACAGUUGAGGCUUAAGAAAGCUAUCCACCUUCAAAAACUGAAUCUGUUACGGUCUCCUGAGCAGUCUUCAGUACGUGAUCCUGACAGAGCCGUUGCAAAAGGAACCGAAUUAGGAAGUCAGAGCAGCACAAAAAGGACGAUCACGUUUGUAGUUCCUGAAGGGAAACGUCCCAGUGGGCUAGUGAGUUCCGAAUGUGUAGAAUUGGAGCCGUCCCGGGAGCUGUCUGGGCCAGGGAGCCCAUGCAAGGUUUCCCCUCCAGAGAGGCAGUAUCCUUGUGCGUUGUGUGGAAAGGAUUUUAAACAUCCGAGCAACCUGGAGCUCCACGUAAGGUCUCACACAGGUGAAAAGCCUUUUGAAUGUAACAUUUGUGGAAAAUGUUUCUCACAGGCAGGCAAUCUUCAGACUCACCUGCGUCGCCAUUCUGGUGAGAAACCAUUCAUUUGUGAAAUCUGCGGGAAGAGGUUUGCUGCCUCUGGAGACGUCCAGCGCCACCUUAUUAUUCACUCUGGAGAAAAACCGCACCUGUGUGACACUUGUGGUCGAGGGUUUAGUAACUUUAGUAAUUUAAAGGAACACAAGAAGAACCAUGCAGCAGAAAAAGUAUUCACAUGUGACGAGUGUGGAAAGUCAUUUAAUUUACCACGGAAAUUAGUAAAACACAGGAUCAGACACACAGGAGAAAAGCCAUAUAACUGUUCAGUUUGUGGAAAAUGUUUUACAGGAUCCGGAGAUUUGCGAAGACAUAUCAGAACACAUACCGGGGAAAAGCCUUAUCACUGUGAGACCUGCAAUAAAUGUUUCAGCCGUUCUGCUGUCUUACGUCGACACAAAAAAACCCACUGUAAAGCUAACAGUGAAAGUUCAGCUAUUGUAGACAAGUUUUCUCACGGAAUGGAAACUCCUGAUCUUGAGAAGUCCCAAAGUUCAGAUUUCUUUACCCAGGAAAUCUUCCUGUCAGUAUCAGAGAAAUGUCCACCCCACUCGAGGGGACAUUCGCCAAAGGAGUUUGGACCUCCUGGAGCCCCAUUUGGCAGGGCAAGGCCUGGGGAGGGAAAAGACGCUCAGAAACUGAGUUUGGAUCCUGCCAAACUCUGUAAAUCUCAAGAAGGACCGGCUCAGUCUUGUACUUUUAAACAAAGUCAUCCCCCGUCUGAGCAGGGACCGCUGCAGUCUGGCCCUCUGCCCUCCAUUCGCUCCUCUGCAAGUGCCCUGGGCAGCGGCUGGAACGGGGACCCCACCAGCAGCCAUGUGGCUCCCGCCCAGCCCCGAAAUAACGAGGGCCCCUUCUCCAGCAUGGCGCUCUGGGGCCUGGCCUUGAAGACCUUGCAGAACGAGAGUGAGCUGGACCAGUGA